UCUGUCAAAAUAUGGGCCAGGAGAUAUCCCAGCAGCAAAAUCAGCAACAGCAACAACCACACCAGCAGCACCAACAGCAAUCACAACCCCACAACAAACGACACCCACCACAGCAGCGGAAAAGCUUUAGCGGCAUUAGUACCAAUAAUCAGGCAAUUUAUACACCCAGCAGUCACCUGUCCACCACCACCAGCUCCUCCUCCUCCUCCUCCUCAACCAACAGCAAUAAUAGUAACAAUAACAAUAGUAGCAACAAUAUAAAUAACAAUCAAAACUAUCGUCUCCGUCACAAGUACAAUUUGAGUAAACAAACGUACGAGAGAAGCAAGAUCCCCAUUCCGGCAAGUCAAUCGGAUUCGGAUUCCCAUUACGCCAAGUUGAAUCUGCUGAGGAGCAGCUCCCAGAGUUCGGAUAGUGGUAUAUAUAAUUCAUCCUGCCACUGCAGUUCCGUCUCCUCGCUGUCCAUUUCGAGCAGCAGUCGGAGUAGCAGCAGCACUUCCUCCUCAUCCUCCACACGCGGCUCAGCGCCCAGCUCCUUGGUCUCAAGCAAGUCGAGUAAUCGUUCGCUGGACAAGCAGAAACACUAUUUACAUCAUCAUCUGUACAUCAAAUCAUAUCUGGACAUCUUGGAGGAGGACGAACGGGCGAGGGCACAUUUCAAAUCCGCACGACCCGGUGGCAUUCGUAACUAUACGCCCAAGAUACUUGCCACCGGCAGUGGCAACAAUAGCAGCGACUCCACGAUAUCCACCUGUAACUCUACACCUGGAGGUCUCUCAUCCAGUGCCCCAGCUCAUUGUUACGCAGGAUCUGGGAAGCGUUCAGCAGGAUUGGGAGGAACUGGAGCUAGUGGCAACGUCGAUCCCGAGAACAAGGUCCAGGAGCCAACCGUCAUACGUCGUCAGUAUGACUUUGUGGUGAUUGGUGGCGGUUCCGCCGGCGCUGUGGUGGCCAAUCGCCUUAGUGAGAUCCGUAACUGGACCGUCUUGCUCCUGGAGGCUGGCGGUGAUGAAACUGAGAUCUCCGAUGUGCCAGCUCUGGCGGGUUAUCUCCAGUUAACGGAGCUCGAUUGGAAGUACCAGACAACGCCCUCAUCCACACGUCAAUACUGUCAGGCCAUGAAAGGUGAUCGCUGCUUUUGGCCAAGGGGCAAAGUCCUCGGUGGCAGCUCUGUGCUCAAUGCCAUGGUCUAUGUUCGAGGCUCCAAGAAUGACUACAAUCAUUGGGCAUCGCUGGGUAAUCCCGGUUGGGACUAUGACAGUAUGCUCAAGUAUUUCCUCAAAUCGGAAGAUGUACGUAAUCCAUAUUUGGCCAAAACUCCUUAUCACGAAACUGGCGGUUAUUUAACUGUCCAGGAGGCACCUUGGCGCACGCCUCUCUCCAUUGCCUUCCUCCAAGCCGGCAUGGAAAUGGGCUAUGAGAAUCGGGACAUUAAUGGUGCCCAGCAAACAGGCUUUAUGCUCACCCAGAGUACGAUCCGGAGAGGAGCUCGAUGUUCCACGGGCAAGGCAUUCAUACGACCCGUGAGGGCACGUCAGAAUCUGGAUGUGUUGCUCCAUGCGGAGGCCACCAGGAUAUUGUUUGAUAAGCAGAAACGUGCCAUCGGUGUGGAAUACCAACGAGGUGGCCGAAAGCAAUUGGUCUUUGUCCGUCGUGAGGUGAUCGCCAGUGCUGGAGCUUUAAAUACACCCAAGCUAUUGAUGCUAUCGGGUGUGGGACCAGCGGAGCAUUUGCAGGAACAUAAUAUACCAGUGAUAUCGGAUCUGCCGGUGGGUAAUAAUAUGCAAGAUCAUGUGGGUCUCGGUGGUCUCACCUUUGUGGUGGAUGCACCUUUGACCGUGACCCGAAGUCGCUUCCAAACCAUUCCCGUUUCCAUGGAAUACAUUUUGAGGGAACGUGGCCCUAUGACCUUUUCGGGUGUGGAAGGUGUGGCCUUUUUGAAUACCAAAUAUCAAGAUCCAUCCGUUGAUUGGCCUGAUGUUCAAUUCCAUUUCUGUCCCAGUUCUAUUAAUUCGGAUGGUGGUGAACAAAUCCGUAAGAUAUUGAAUCUGAGAGAUGGUUUCUACAACACCGUGUAUAAGCCACUGCAACAUAGCGAAACUUGGUCCAUAUUGCCACUCCUGCUGCGACCCAAGAGCUCGGGAUGGGUUCGUUUGAACUCGAGGAAUCCACAACAGCCACCGAAAAUUAUACCCAAUUAUUUUGCCCAUCAGGAGGAUAUCGAUGUUCUAGUGGAAGGGAUUAAGCUGGCAAUUAAUGUAUCGAAUACUCAAGCUUUUCAACGUUUUGGAUCCCGUCUGCAUAAUAUCCCAUUGCCGGGUUGCAGACAUUUACCCUUUCAAUCGGAUGAGUAUUGGGCCUGUUGCAUCAAGGAGUUCACCUUUACGAUCUAUCAUCCGGCAGGAACUUGCCGGAUGGGUCCCAGUUGGGAUGUUACCGCCGUUGUGGAUCCCCGUCUUAGGGUUUAUGGUGUCUCCGGUGUCCGUGUUGUGGAUGCCAGCAUAAUGCCAACGAUUGUCAAUGGAAAUCCUAAUGCACCGGUUAUAGCCAUCGGGGAGAAGGCCUCGGAUUUGAUCAAGGAGGAUUGGGGCGCCAGGAGGGGCCACUCUUAG